UUGAUUGCGUUUUUUAAUGCGACAAGCAAAUAUUGUGCUGUACAAAGCUCAACACUAUUUGGAUUGUGCAAGAGAACCUGUGUAGAAAAAGGUGUCACGGUGGAAUAUUAACUUUAUUAACAGAAUUUGGCACCAUUAUUCCCAUAUAUUUGUUCUUAUGCAAUCUGAUGCCACACCUGCCAAAAGUUGUACCAUAAAAUCCAUAAAAUUAGAUGAUGAUAUAUUGGAAAAAUGGUGAAAAAAAUCACUAAAAUUGCUUAGAAACGUGACAGUAUGGAUCGCUAAUAUCUGCUGUGUGCUGUAAAUGAGUGUUCUUGUUCUUUAUGAAGGGAAAGGACAUGACGCCUUUGACUGUAAGCGUCAUUACAAAGGUCACGCCUGGAAAUGACGGGAAACAAAGCGUUUCCUUCUUCGGUCCUCCUUAUAAAAGGUGGACGACAUCAGACAAACGCCAUUACUACAGAACAAACAUGGAGAUUCUUCUUCUGUUCAUGGCGUUGGGCCUCACAGGAGUGUCGUCUCUGGAGGAGGACAACAAGGUGUGCCAGCCUCAUUCCAGACCCUGGCAGGUGUCUCUGGGCGGCCAACGGACAAGCUGUAGCGGCGCCCUCAUCAACGAGUGGUGGCUAGUGACGUCUGCCAAUUGUGCGCCAGCGUCCAACGUCAUCGCCUCUCUUGGAGAACAUGACCUCACGGUGGACGAGGGAUCCGAGCAGCACAUUCCCGUGGCGGAGGUCAUCCGCCACAGUCCGUACCGUUCGCCCCUCCACAGCUUGGCCAUGGUUCGCCUGGCCAAGCCGGCCCACUUUACCGAGCAUGUGCGGCCGAUCGGCCUGCCAGGUCGCUGCCCUCAGCCUGGAGAGAGCUGCAGUGUUAGCGGUUGGGGCUCCACUGUACCAAAUCAAUACGAGUCCCCUAAGCAGCUGAAGUGUUUGACCGUGCCUGUCGUGGACGACCAAACGUGUAUCAACACUUUCCCCGACUUCCUGUACUGGAGCAUGGGCAUGGUGUGCACCGGCGACGUCAAUGGCACCGACAACUGUUUGAAUGACGCAUCCGCCGUUCUAGUGUGCAACGGUCAGCUGCAGGGUGUUCAGUGGUUCCGACAUGGCUGCCAGAACGCGGAGCACCCCAGCGUCUACACUAAGCUGUGCAUGUAUGACGACUGGAUCCGCAGAGUGAUGGCCAGCUACACGCCAACCACUACGACUGCACGGGUGUUGACGUCAAAGAUACAUUGAAGGUACCACGCUGUUACUCCCAGUUUAUUUUAUCAACAGAUGCCUCGUGGCUGAUGUGAACAAUUGCAGCGAACCUGCAUUAUUUGAAUUGACCUGUUUGAAAAAACUCUCUAUUACAUUUGGUUUUUGUACUCUACUUUUGGCAUACAAUUUUCAAAUACAUGUUUAUUGGUCACAACUGACAAUGUUAAUAGCUAGCAAGCAAAUGGCUGUACUGUCUAAGAAUAAUAUCUACCUGAAAUAAAAGCUGAAAUGUUGCUCGCUUGAUAGCAAA